AAAAUUGAUCAUGAUAGGUCAAUAUGAUCUAACUUAUUAUGUUAGCGAAAAUUGCUUAAACAAUUGUGCAGAAUAUGCAAUCGGGCCAGGAUAUUACACAAUAUAUUGAUAAUCUCUCAAGACUUCCCCAGCGUUAUAUUCUUUGUGUAAAUCAAUUCAGUUGCGCCGUUUAAUUUAAUAUUUCACACUUUAGUUAUAAAUUUCUUAUGAGGCUUAUACAUCGCAUAAAUCAUUGUGUUCCGUUCUACAGAAGUCCUUUUUUGGCGUUGAGGAAUUUAAUCAUUUGAAAAAUUUAAAUUUGAUGAUUCUUUCUUAAAUUUCGCCUUAUAGUACAUUACUCUACCGCCAACAGUUGGCAAUAAAUGCCUUGCCUCCCUGCCAAGUCAACGCUUGUCUAUUGUAGCUACAAGUUCUCAAAUCUUAGAAUGAAGCUGAUUUUAUAUUUUUUGUUUCUCGCUGUAUACGUGUCCAGUUCUUCAGCUCUUAAACAUGAGGACUGCGGAUUGCCACAUGCUAAAAAUGGCUUUGAUGACGGAAGAUACUGCUUGUUUUUGAAAAAGUUAUGGUCCUAUGAUACAGCGGUCAAAAAAUGCUCAGGGUUUAUGUAUGGAGGCUGCGGUGGAAAUGCUAAUCGCUUUUUAAGCCAAAAGGACUGUGAGGACAAGUGCCUGGAAUAAAUACCUAAUGUAGAAAGCAUGAUAGGUUAACAUCUUCUGACUGUUAGCCAAAAUUGCUUAUAGAAUUUUUAAGAAUAUUCCAUCGGGCUAAGAUAUUAAAUGAAAUAUUACUAAUCCCUCCAGUCUUUUUCAGCGUUAUAAACAUUGUAUAAGCCA